AUGUCGUCAAACCUGGCCUACAUUAAUCCUGGGGGGAGACAGGCUCGAAAGGCCAGCGCCCUAGAGAUAAAUAUGGUUGCUUCUCGUGGGUUGCAGGAGGUGCUUAAAACAAAUUUGGGCCCCAGAGGAACAAUGAAAAUGUUGGUUUCAGGUGCGGGAUUGAUCAAAAUAACAAAGGAUGGUAACACACUUCUAGGGGAAAUGCAGAUUCAGCACCCAACUGCGGCUCUUAUAGCACGUGCAGCGACAGCCAUUGACGACAUUGCAGGAGAUGGUACCACAAGCACCGUACUUGUUAUUGGGGAGAUGAUGCGGCAAUGUGAGAGGUACAUUCAGGAUGGUCUUCACCCACGCAUAUUGACCGAGGGCUUCAGGCUGGCUCGGGUGGAGGCAUUAAAGUUUCUUGAGCAGAGUGUUCUGAAGAUUUCCGAAGAGGAGCGACGUGAGUUUUUGACAAAUGUCGCCCGUUCAGUUCUUUCCACCAAAGUGGGCUCACAUAUGUCUGAGCAUCUUGCUGAGGCCGUUGUGGAUGCCGUACUUGCGAUUGCUCCUGCUGACGGGAGGGGGGUUGAUUUGCACAUGGUGGAGGUGAUGCAUAUGAAGCAUCGACUGAGCACCGAUACAAGCUUUGUCAAUGGCAUUGUGUUGGAUCACGGUGGCCGCAAUGACGAUAUGCCAAAGUUUUUGGAAAACGCCUACAUUUUGACGUGCAAUGUAUCCCUGGAAUAUGAAAGAAGUGAGCUCAACGCGGGGUUUUAUUUUAAAGAUCCUGCGGAAAAGGCUCGCAUGGUUGCGGCUGAGCGAAAAAUUACGGAUGACCGUGUCCGUGAUAUAAUUACUCUUAAAAAACAGGUUUGCACCAAAGAUAAUAAGCGAUCAUUUGUCGUUAUCAACCAGAAGGGAAUUGAUGGCAUCGCUCUAGAGAUGCUCGCAAAGGAAGGUAUCUUGGCUCUUCGACGUGCCAAACGCCGAAACAUGGAGAGACUUGUUUUAGCGUGUGGGGGUGAGGCAGUAAAUACAACUGAAAAUUUGACCCCUGAAGUGCUUGGGGAGGCUGGGCGUGUGCAAGAGUACACCUUGGGGGAUGACAAAUACACUUACGUGGAGGAUGUCAGCAAGGGCCAGAGCUGUACGCUGGUGGUGAAGGGGCCAAAUGAUCAUACCAUCGCUCAAAUCAAGGACGCCAUUCGCGAUGGUCUCCGAUCUGUCAAAAACGCCUAUGAAAGUGGCGGUGUUGUUCCUGGUGCUGGUGCCUUUGAAGUGGCUUUGCAUGAUCACUUGAGUCUUUUUGCUGACACCGUCAAAGGGAAGCAGAAGAUCGGUGUACGUGCCUACGCGGAUGCCAUGCUUGUCACACCCAAGACGUUGGCGGAAAAUUCCGGGCUCGAUGUCCAACAGGCUCUGAUCUCCCUCCAGGAAGCCAGUCGGGCAGCACGCCUACAACAUCGUUGGGUGGGUCUUCGUCUCGACACCGGAGGCGCAAUCGACCCCGUGGCAGCUGGUAUACUUGAUAACGUGAUUGUUAAGAAGAGUAUUCUAGAGGCGACGGGUGACAUUGCAGCUCAAUUGCUCUUGGUGGACGAGAUAAUGAAGGCUGGCCGUCGUGGUGCGGGUGGGCCUCCACCACAGUAG